CAACCAGAAAAAAUAAUCGCAAUUGUUCCGAGCGCCCAUUUGACUUGUGUUUAGAAUUAAACAUUGUCGGAAUAACUGCAUGCAAUUUGCCCUGUUCUGCUAAAGAAAUUUACCGUUUUUUCGCUGACAGUGCAAAAACGUUGACCAUUCAGAGCGAAGCUCCGUUUUCAAAAUGUCCGAAUUAUCCUGGGACAGUGGGGAACCAGCAAAAUACCCACAGUCCUCGUACAAGCAAAGCUUUAAUUCCUACGAACGUGACGAAUAUUCACGUGGACGUCGAAGCGGCGAUAAUCGCGAAAACUACAGCAACAAGCGUCGCAAUAAUUAUUAUGAUCACGAUGCCAGCUCUGGGAAGAGUACAGCCCACGCCUUCAUUGAGUCGCUUAAGAUUCCAAGCCAAAUGGUGGGGCGCAUUAUUGGUCGCGGGGGCUCGAAUAUAAUACGCAUUCAGAACGAUUACUCCGUCCACAUCAAUGUUGAUAAGGUCGAGCUGAUUGUCACAGUCUCCGGCAACUUUGGAAAAAACGUUAGCGAUGCUAUCAACGAGCUGCGCAAGCAAGUCAACAGCGAUGGCGGCGGCGGCCGAGAGAGAUCAUAUGGCGGCGAUGUUGGAGGAGGCUAUAGUCGCUCUAGCGGAGACAAUAAUCGAUAUGGAGCAGCUAGUGAUGGAUCUGGCGUUUCCAGCUAUGAUUUUACACCGGCGCCACCGAUGGAAAUUCCAGAAUGUGGCGAUCUGACCGGCAUUAUCGAUUGGGAGGCACUGAACAAAGCCUCGGAAAAAGCACAAGUCGAACGCUGGGCCAAAUGCCCACCAUUGACGAAGAACUUCUACAAGGAGUGGCCCGAGGUGGCCCAAUUGUCGGAUGCCGAAGUGGCACGCAUUCGCAGCAAUAACAACAACAUCAGCGUUGCGCACGUGUUCGAGGCGAAGGAGGGAGAAACUUUGCCAGCAAUUCCGAAUCCCGUGUGGAGUUUCGAGCAGUGCUUUGACGAGUAUCCCGAUCUGCUAGCCGAAGUGCAGAAGCAGGGUUUCGCGAAGCCCUCGCCCAUCCAGUCGCAGGCCUGGCCAAUUCUGCUCAAGGGCCACGACAUGAUUGGCAUUGCCCAGACAGGCACCGGUAAAACGCUCGCUUUCCUGCUGCCCGGCAUGAUUCACACCGAGUACCAAAGCACGCCACGCGGCACACGCGGUGGUGCCAAUGUCUUAGUCCUGGCGCCCACUCGCGAACUGGCUCUCCAGAUCGAAAUGGAGGUGAAAAAGUAUUCUUUUCGCAAUAUGAAAGCUGUUUGCGUCUAUGGCGGCGGCAGUCGUCAAAUGCAAAUUUCCGAUGUGGAACGCGGCGCAGAGAUUAUAAUCUGUACGCCGGGUCGCCUAAAUGAUCUGGUGCAGGCGGGCGUUAUCAAUGUGUCGACAAUUACGUAUCUGGUGCUGGACGAGGCGGAUCGUAUGCUCGACAUGGGCUUCGAGCCGCAGAUACGCAAGGUUCUGCUCGACAUUCGCCCGGACAGGCAGACAAUAAUGACGUCGGCCACCUGGCCGCCGGGUGUGCGUCGUCUUGCCCAGAGCUACAUGAAGAAUCCCAUACAGGUGUGCGUGGGCUCUUUAGACUUGGCGGCCACCCACUCUGUGCAGCAGGUGAUCGAACUGCUGGAUGAUGAAAGGGACAAGUUCGCAGCGCUCAGAUCGUUUGUGAAGAACAUGGCCAAAUCGGACAAAAUCAUUGUAUUCUGCGGCCGCAAGGCACGCGCCGAUGAUCUAUCCAGUGAUCUAACCCUGGACGGAUUCGACACGCAAUGCAUUCACGGCAAUCGUGAGCAGAGAGAUCGGGAGCAGGCUAUUGCCGAUAUUAAAUCGGGCAUAGUACGGAUUCUGAUUGCAACAGAUGUGGCCUCACGUGGUCUGGACAUUGAGGACAUAACGCAUGUUAUCAACUAUGACUUUCCGCGCAACAUUGAGGAGUAUGUACAUCGUGUGGGUCGCACGGGCCGAGCUGGACGCCGGGGCACCUCUAUUAGCUUCAUUACACGCGAAGACUGGGCUAUGGCCAAGGAGCUGAUUACGAUUUUAGAAGAGGCCGACCAGGAAGUGCCCGAGCAGCUGCGGCGCAUGUCCGAGCGCUUUGCGGCCAUGAAGGAACGUCGCGCUGCUGAAGGCGGCGGCAGUGGCGGAAGAGGACGUGGCUUUGGUGGUGGAGGCCACGGGGGUGGACGUCGUGAUCGUUAUUAAACUUUUUAACAAACUUUGUAUUCUGCCAUGAAGGACAUAAACAAUUUAGUUGUAAUCCAAAAAGGACAACGCACUGAAGCGCUUGAAUUUAUAGUUUACGCAGAAGCUAUCA